AUGCAACCAGCAAAAAUGAAGGGACUCUUUCUGACAAGAAUGUGGAAAGUUGUGGCUGUUUUGGUGCUGGCAACACAACACGUCACCGGUAAGACACUGAAGUAUCAAAUUUAUGAGGAGCAGAAAGCUGGCACGGUUAUUGCCCGUUUGAAAGAUGAUGUGGCGGAUGUUUUGGCUAAACUUCCAAGCUCAGUGUCUCUCCGCUUCAGAGAUAUGCAAAGAGGGUCUUCGGCUUUCCUCACGGUGCGCGAGCAGGACGGAGAAAUCAGCAUCAAGACCAAAAUUGAUCGCGAGAAACUCUGUGAAAAAAAUCUCAACUGCUCUAUUCAAUUUGACGUGCUGACACUCCCCACUGAGCACCUGCAGCUGUUUCACGUCGAAGUGGAAGUAUUGGACAUCAACGACAACGCACCCCAGUUCGCCCGCGCCGUCAUCCCCAUUGAGAUCUCAGAGAGCGCGGCCGUGGGAGCGCGCAUUCCCCUGGACAGCGCCACAGACCCCGACGUCGGGGAGAACUCACUGUACACCUAUGCCUUAGAGCCUAACAACUUUUUCAAGAUUGACAUUCAGUCCAGGACUGACGGGGCUAAAUAUGCUGAGCUGGUGGUGCUCAGGGAGCUGGAUCGGGAGGUGCGCUCCGGUUAUGAACUUCAAUACACUGCCUCUGAUAGGGGCGUUCCCCCGAGAACUGGUACGACCCUCCUCAAAAUCAGCGUUAGCGACUCAAAUGACAACAGCCCAAUAUUUGACAAGUCAUCAUAUGUCAUAAAUCUUCCAGAAAAUUCACCUGUUGGAACUCUGCUCAUUGACUUAAAUGCCACUGACGCGGACGAGGGCACAAACGCCAAAAUAGUCUACUCAUUCAGCAGUCACGUGUCUCCCAAAAUAAUGGAGACAUUCAAAAUUAACCCCGACAGCGGUCACUUGACCCUCAUGAGGCGGGUGGACUAUGAGACUGUUAACUCUUAUGAUAUUGACGUGCAGGCGCAGGACAUGGGUCCUAACUCUAUGCCAGCUCACUGCAAGAUCCUGGUCAAAGUGGUAGAUGUGAAUGACAAUAAACCAGACAUUAGCAUCAAUCUCAUGUCCUCUCAGGGGAACGGAGAUGCAGCCUAUAUAUCAGAGGCUUCUCCUCUAGAUACCUUUGUAGCUUUGGUGAGGGUGGAGGACUUGGACUCUGGUUUGAAUGGAGAGGUGGAGUGUAAACUUCAUGGCCAGGGGUUUUUCAAACUGCAGAAAACCUAUGAGAACAACUACAUGAUUCUGACUAAUGUGUCUCUGGACCGAGAGAAGAGGUCAGAGUUCAGUCUGACGGUGGUGGCAGAGGAUCGGGGGACUCCCAGUCUCUCCACUGUCAAACAUUUCACUGUGCAUGUAACUGAUGAAAAUGACAACCCACCACGUUUUGAGAAAGGGCGCUAUGAAAUCUUUAAAUCAGAGAACAAUGCCCCUGGAGCGUAUCUAACCUCCAUCAUGGCCACUGACCCUGAUCUGGAUGCCAAUGGACAAGUGAGCUACUCCAUCUUGGAGAACUCUGUUCAUGGGAGUUCCAUUUCCACCUACGUCACCAUUGACCCCUCUAACGGCGCCAUCUACGCACUGCGUACAUUUGACCGGGAAGAUGUUAGUCGUAUCUCCUUUGUUGUGCAGGCCAAAGAUGCAGGAAAACCACCACUGACAAGCAACGCCACAGUGAUUCUGAACAUCCUGGAUGAGAAUGACAACCCACCAGCCAUCGUGGUCCCCCAGCUGUGGAACUUCACUGCUGAUGUUCCGGCGUCAAAGUUCACAGAGGCCGGACACUUAGUAACUGUGGUCAGGGCAACGGAUCGUGACACAGGGGUCAAUGCUGAGCUCAUUUGCUCCAUCGUCAGUGGCAACGACGAGGGCUUCUUCUUAAUCGACCCAAGAACAUGCGAAAUCCACGCCAACGCCAGCCUGGAGAACUUCCCACACGAACACGCCGAGCUGACGAUCGUGGUCAGGGAUCAGGGAAGUGAGAGCCUAAGCGCUAAGGCCGUUCUGAAAAUCACUCUUUAUGAGAACAUGGAGAACCACGUGCAGGUGAUGGACCAGGGGGAGUCUUCUCUUGAUGCAUCCCUGAUCAUCAUCAUCUCCCUUGGGGCCAUCUGUGCUGUGCUCCUGGUCAUCAUGGUGGUGUUUGCUGCCCGCUGUAAUCGGGAGAAGGACACCAGGCAUUCCUACAACUGUAGGGUAGCCGAAUCGACCCACCAGCACCAUCCCAAGAAGCCUUCGCGUCAAAUCCACAAAGGUGAUAUCACCUUGGUUCCCACGGUGAACGGCACCCUGCCAAUCAGAGCUCACCACCGCUCACCUUCAGCCACGCCCCCGAUGGAUCGAGCUCAGAUGGGAAGCCGACAGAAUCACCACAGUCGCCAAUCCCUGAAUAGCCUGGUGACCAUCUCAUCCAAUCAUAUUCCAGAGAGCUUUGCCCUGGAAUUGGCGCACGCAACUCCACCAGUGGAGCAAGUCUCACAGCUUCUGUCCAUGCUUCAUCAGGGCCAGUACCAGCCCAGACCCAGUUUCCGUGGCAACAAAUACUCCCGAAGCUACAGGUAUGCAUUACAAGACAUGGACAAGUUCAGCCUGAAGGACAGUGGCCGUGGGGACAGCGAGGCGGGGGACAGUGAUUGUGACAUGGGGAGGGAAUCCCCCGUGGACAGACUGCUGCUGGGGGAGGGUUUUUCUGACCUGAUACACCUCGAGAUGCACCAUCGACUCCACCCAGCUAUGAGACUGUGCACGGAUGAAUGUCGCGUCCUGGGACACUCUGACCAGUGCUGGAUGCCCCCCCUCUCCUCUCCUGCUUCCUCUUCUGACUACCGCAACAACAUGUACAUCCCCGGGGAGGAGUCCUCUCAGCCACCCCAACUCGAUGAUGACCAGUCCUCUGUUGACUCUGAACGCCGCAAGAGUUUCUCCACUUUUGGCAAGGAGUCUGGGAACGAAGAGGCAGGAGCGGGGGGAGUUGUUGCCGGGGGAGGAAGUGAUGCAUGUGCAGCUGGAGGAGGGGCUGGUUCCCUCCUCACAGAGAUGAACAGCGUGUUCCAGCGUCUCCUCCCCCCUAAUAUGGACACUUACACUGAGUGCACUGAAACAAGCCCCCCCUCGUCCUCAUCGACCACUGAGAGAGGAAACGGACGUAGUGGAAACACUGCUGGUAACCAUAGUAACAACGCUGCUCCUCAGGAUAACCGGAGAGGCUUGUUGCCAGGUGGGAAAGGUCCCGCUUACCCCCCAGGUGUAGCUGCAUGGGCGGCCAAUACCCACUAUCUAAACCCAGGGAGUGGAUCUGUGGGGACCACCCAUGUUUCCCCUGCUUCGUUUUCCUCGUCCUCCACCUCCACUUCCACCUCCACCUCCAACGGACAGCCACCACAUCUCAAAUGGCUGCCAGCCAUGGAGGAAAUCCCAGAGAACUAUGAGGAGGAUGACUUUGAUGGUGUCUUCCAUCAGGGUCACCCGGGUGGCAAGCGCAGCGAGAGCCGCCAUGAGGCCGGCAUGGAUGCCAGCGAGCUGGUCCAUGAGAUUAACAAACUGCUGCAGGAUGUCAGGCAGAACUAGAGAAAAAAAGAGAGAGAAGGCAUAGCAUGGUUUCACUCUGUGAUGGGGAGGAGGGACAUUUCACCACAUUCUGGCAAAUGCUUGUUCUUUGUGCCAACAUAUAUAAACUUUAUGAUGACUGUUUCUUGUUCACUGUAAUGCUUGUCUUGUUUGUUUUUACCAAAUAUCCUCUUUCCGCUCUGUGCCAAGACUCACAGAAAAGAGUAAAGCGCGGCACUGAAGUUGUGAUCGAGGUGACUUAAAGGCAUCAAAGCAGGCGCUCCAAGAGCAGAUUGCUCAUUUAUUAUUAGUCUCUCCGAAAGUUGCUUGAAUGAGUGAUUUCAAACGGGAAUCUGCCAACAAAACUGUACCCUUUCUUCAGUUGUAAUGUUUACAGCAGAGUGAGCAGACUCCACAGGGAGAAACCAACAGUUGUGUGAUCUAAUUUUUUUUUUUUGCUUUUACAGUGUACAAUAUUGUACAGUGUCUGUGAAAAAAAGGCAAACUCACUUGAAUAUUGUGCUAUGUCUCCUGUUUUGUUAUCAUGGAAUGUAACUGUACAAUUUGACCUUUGUAUUUUAAAAAU